GCGGGUCCUCCUGGGGACGAUGGCGGCUUCUGCAGUAGCCAGGCGAGCAUGGAGCCGGGUUGGGGUCACGGGGGCAAUCCCCCUUGCUGGGACCUUCCACAGGCAGAUCCACAGAACGCCCAUCUCCCUCACAUGGCUGCGUGUUAAGCCUCCUUCUUCCUCUCAUCCACGUUCUCAAAAUGGCUGCCGUGCUGUCCUGCUGAGACCGGCGUACCGCUACCAAAGUACCGCGGCCGCUGCAGGCACUCAGGUCGUCCAGCCUGCAGCCACCCCACCUAUAGAGAACACGCUCUCCACGGCAGACCUCGGCCAGGCCGUCCAGGAACUGAGCUUAUCUGAGCUGGGCCUGGGCUCUCACACCCCAGUGGGUCUAAUCCAGACUUUGUUAGAGUGCCUCCAUGUGAACGUGGGGCUCCCUUGGUGGGGGGCCAUUGUAGCAGGGACGGUGGUGGCCCGUUGCUUGGUUUUCCCACUCAUUGUGAAGGGCCAGCGAGAAGCGGUGAAACUCAACAAUCACAUGCCCCAAAUUAACAAACUGACCAGCCGGAUGAGCGAGGCCAAGCAAACUGGAAACCAGUUUGAGUUUGCAAAGGCGUAUUCUGAACUGAACCUCUACCAGAAAACCCAUGACGUCAACCCCUUGCGAGGUUUCCUCGUGCCCCUUGUCCAGGCGCCCGUCUUCAUCUCGUUCUUCAUCGCCCUGCGCAAAAUGUCCGAGCUCCCUGUGCCCAGCAUGCAAACCGGGGGGCUUUGGUGGUUUAUGGAUCUGACGGCCGCUGACCCUUACUACAUCCUGCCCCUGACGGUGACUGUCACCAUGUGGGCCAUCUUGGAGCUGGGAGCCGAAUCGGGAGUGUCAAAUCCAAACCUCCGGAUGAUGAAAACGAUUUUCCGAGUGAUGCCCCUUGUUAUCCUGCCUCUCACAAUUUCCUUCCCAACAGCCGUCUUCACCUACUGGAUGACAUCCAACCUGUUCUCGCUGGUGCAGGUCGCGGUGCUGCGGGUGCCCGCCGUUCGCGCCGGCCUGCGCAUCCCCGAGCAUGUGCACCACAGCGCGGCUGCCCUGCCCGCCCAGGAAGGCUUCGUGAAGAGCCUCAAGAAGGGAUGGAAGAAUGCGCAGACGGGUCGACAGAUGGAAGAGCGGCAAUGGCGCAUCAAAAACCACCUAGAUUUGGCAGCGAAAGGGCCGCUGCGGCAGACCUUCUCCCACGAUCCUUUGCAGCAGCACAAGCCCCCCGCCACGAAGCCGCCGCCGCCAAAGAGGCCGUGGGAGGACACGUUGGGCUGAAUGGCGACCGGCAGGGCCGCGGGAGCCCUGCUCAAAACAGAGACUUGGGGUGGGGCAGAGAGUUCGUUUCCCACCACCGCUCACUGUUCCGGUUUUGUCACCUUUGGUAAUAAAGGACUUGGACGUUC